ACAGCCAUUGUUGUCUGUUUGCUACGUACGCGAAAGUACCGCUUUGGACUUCCGAAAUUUUCUAUCGCAAUUUGGAAGAUCAAGUAUUGAGAGUGUUGAGAGUGUAAUUUUGCACGGAAAUUGUGAAAUAACCCGCUAGAAAAUGUGUGAAAGUAAAAAGUGUUGACGUUCCCAGUAAUUUUAUCGGUGCCUCAACCGAGCUCGUGUAAACAUUUUGGUGGGAAAAGUGUUGACUUUUUGGCGACUGAAUAAAAGCUAUAAACCGCGGAAGAUGGGCAGAAAACGGGUGAAAAAAAGCACCAAAAGGCUUUCUCUGACGAAGAAGUCCAGCUCCGGAGUAGUGACCAAAGUAGCCAAAAUGAAACGCGAGGCGGCUACCGGUGAGAGCAUUGACAUUGAAGAGAUGCUCGAAUCUAGCGUUAUUUUCACUAACGACGGAAGCAUCCGAACGCGAAAUGGACUCAAGAACGGGGAGCAGAUCCAGAGAACGCCUAAACGAAGCCGUACUAAAGCCAGUAAUGUGCCAGCAUCCGAAUCGACUAGUGGAAAGGUCACUGGUGAAAGACCUAUCUUGACUCGUUUGUUGCGAGUUAGGAGUAGGGAUAGUCCAAAGAAGCCAAUUGAAGCCAGCUGCUCCGUAGCCGUAGCGAAUAACGCUAAGCUACAAAUGAUGAUUGUUUUGAAUAAAAUUGAGGAUCCUGUGCAGGAAAUUGCCGUACGUAACGAAAUUCCGCUUGAAAGUGAACUGAACUGCGAUCUCAAGCCUGCAGAUGUAAUUCCUGUAUCGAAACCGGAGAACAGUAGCGAGGUGGGACAGUUUCAACCGCUGCUUUCUUCCACUGCUGUCGAAGAGCGCUUGAAAUCGCCACAGCGAGCGAGAUAUCUGCUAAAGCAACUAGAGAGCUCUCUUAGUCCUAAGUAUAUGGAGUUGACUAAAACUACCGUUGGACAUGCGAUGAGCCGGUACGGUAGGGUACAGAAGCAGAAGGAAAAUAGCGAUUAUAUUCCGCUGGAUCUGGCUAGAUUCAUUACCAAAUCUCCUGCCAAAGCUAGAACGAUCAAGAAAGAUUCGGAAACCGUGCCUCCAAUCGAGCCUAUUGUACCUUCCCCGAUAGGUGAAUCGGAUCAAGCAUCUUUUGAAACUUCUCAACUUGAUGUGAUUAAUAGUAGUAGUUUAACAGAAACACCUAUUGUAUCCCCGGCACAAUUGAGUACCAUUGAAAUCCCAUCCCAGCUACAGAAAGAUUCCGAACCAGAAUGCUGUAAUAGUGACAAAUCCGAUAUAAUUCCAAUCAUUAAUCCAAAUGCAUCUCUCCUGGGGAUUGAUGAAAUCCAGAUUGUCGAUUUGGAUGCCAGCUUCGGUGAAAAUGCAGUCGUAGAAGCCCCGAAUGAAAUCAAAAUCAAAGAGGAACUCGCAAAAUCCCCUGAAAAAUCAUCCGAAGUGGAUAGUGCCGAAGGAUCAUCUCUUGGCUCCACUUUGUCUACCGAGUACCGAACGGGACAACUACUCUGGGGUGCAUUCAAUAACAAGUCAGUGCAUUGGCCGUGCAUCGUUAUUCCCGAUCCGGAGGACGGCCUCAUGAAAAAACUGGCCAACGCCAAGAAAUGGUACCUGGUACACGUGAAUUUCUUUGCCGAUAAUGGUCGUCGAGCUUGGAUCCCCGAGUCCUUGACACUUCCUUUCAGUACGCUUGAAGAAUACAAAGCCCUCGUGGACAGCCAAUUCAAAAUACUACGCUUAAAAGUAAAUCAGUAUCAACGUCAACGCCCAAUGUGGAUCGAAGCAAUUCGGCAAGCAGAGGAAACGCAGAAGCAACCAAUUGAUGCCAGAAAAAAACGUUUUCAGGAAUUGCUGGAGGUAGAUGGUGCAAAAUCGAAGCAACUACUUCGAAAACGAGCCAAGAGCCUUUCGACUGGAUAUCACAGCAACAGCUUUGACGCGUCUUCCGAAUUUGGACGAAAGCGACGCCGAUCUCCAACACCGGAAAGUCCAGCCUACGAAGCACUGCCGACCACAUCGAGAAGUUCCGAAAUCCUUUCCAAACGUAUAAAGCUCGAGUCGGACGAUCGUGAUCUUUUCCGCAGCACCAUUUCUCGCUACUUCCAGUCGAUGACCGAGGGAAGUGAUUUUCUUGAGACAGCCAGUGGGACCAGCAGCGAGAGUGACGAUAUUUCCGAAAUGGUGGAAUUCGAUAAGGAGAUUUACAAUAACUUUCUGACCAUGAGCCGGCUGUAUGUGUUCGAAGGACAAACUGAGACCGAGGUCGACCGCAAGCUUCAAAAGUACGUACAGAAGAUAUGCGCCUUACGCAUGCAUUCCAUAGCAAAUGGGGCGAGAAUUUCGAACCGCUUGCGCUCGCAGGCGCUACGGAAACUAGGCCGGGAACUCGGGAUUGACAAAGCGAAGAAAGAGCCUAACUCACAGGCACCGGUCGAAGCGGCGGCGUCGUCGAUGGCGGCGGUUAAGCCAAAGAAAAGAGUGCAAAAAUCCUUGGAUGACCUGUUCAUGUUCGAUCUGGAGAAGAACUAUCUGAUGAAGGGCGUUGCAAGGGGAUCCGUGUGUACGGUUUGCUCCAAACCGAACGAUCUGGUUAAGUGCUCCAAGUGCUGCAAUCACUACCAUGCAGGUUGCUCGACCGAUCCAUCGGCGGAAGCCUCCUCCACCGAAAGCAAGGCUUUCAUUUGCUUGGAUUGCACUCAGCAGAAAGCUCCCGUAUGCUUCGUCUGUCACGACCAGGAAGAUUCGGUCAAGGAAGACCAAAAAUAUCGCUGCACCGUGGGUGGUUGUGGCAAGCACUACCACGUCCCCUGCCUAAGGUUGUUUCCGCAGCACAAGUUCACCGGAACGUCGCAGUCCAGUACCCUGUUCUGCCCGUACCACACCUGUCAUACGUGCGUAUCGGACGAUCCGCGAACGAAUGCCACAUCCACCAAGGGGCAGCUGGUCCGUUGUAUCAAAUGUCCUUCUUCGUAUCAUACGGAGGCUAAAUGCAUACCAGCUGGUUCGCAAAUCCUCUCCUGGGCAGCCAUGAUCUGCCCAAAACACAACCUGGAACAAAGCUCGCUGAACGUGAACUGGUGUUUCUUGUGCUGCAAGGGAGGCAGUUUGAUAUGCUGUGAAACGUGUCCCACUGCUUUCCACUUGGAUUGCCUCAAAUUCACUCCCCCGGAAGGAAAGUACAUUUGUGAAGAAUGUGAAUCCGGCAGGAUGCCUUUGUACAACGAAAUAGUGUGGGCCAAGUACAGCCACUUUCGAUUCUGGCCCGCCAUGACGGUUCCCCCGCCUAUGGUUCCAGAGAAUCUAAAGCAAUUGCCACAUGAAAAAUGGGAUAUUUGUGUUCGAUUCUUCGGCACGCACGAUCACGUUUGGAUCAACAGGCGAAGAAUCUACCUGUAUCAGGAAGGUGAUUCUGACAUCUCAGAAAAGAAACGAGGGAACAUGGCCAAGCGGUACAACUCAGCACUGCAAGAUGCAAAGUUGGUACACGAAAUGCUGCAGGCAAGGAAAGCAGCGGAACAGCUAACGGAAGUAGGUGAAGGAUCAUUUAAGCCACCUAUGUACGUAAAAAUCAAAAGCAAUCGAUACGUUGCACCGCUGAAGGCGCCUUCACAAGGAAAGGAAGAAGUGGAGGACAACGCAUGCGAGUGCAAACCGACGGACGAUGACCCUUGUGGGCCUGAUUCGAACUGCAUCAAUCGUGCCCUGCUGGUGGAAUGCAAUCCGAAGGUUUGCCCGGCGAAGGACCGCUGCCAGAAUCAGUGUUUCGAGAAGAAACAGUAUCCGGCCUUAGUAGCCAAACGGAUAUCCCAGAAAGGUUGGGGCCUGGUGACCAUGGAGGACAUCCGGCAGGGUCAGUUUGUGAUUGAAUACGUCGGUGAGGUGAUCAACAAUGAAGAACUAGCGCGGAGGUUGCAACACAAAGUGGAGCAGAAGGAUGAAAACUAUUACUUUUUGACGGUGGACUCUGAGCUGACCAUCGAUGCCGGACCUAAGGGAAACCUGGCCAGAUUUAUCAAUCACUCGUGCGAGCCCAAUUGUGAAACAAUGCUCUGGAAGGUGGGAGGUGCACAGGCGGUGGGGCUAUUCGCCAUCAAGGACCUCAAAGCGGGCGACGAAUUAACCUUCAACUACAACUUUGAAAGCAAGGGGGAUAAGAAGAAAAUUUGCCUCUGUAACGCUACCAAAUGUUCCGGAUACAUUGGGCAAAAGUAUCGACCACCGGUCGAGCAAGCUAUCGCUGCGAUCGGCGUAUCCAAAGGACGCAAGGCUGGUAAGAACAGGAAGUCUGCCAAACGGCGACGGCAGAGCAGCUACCCAGCGACGUUGUUCGGAGAUAGCAAAAGGCGGAAAAGCACUGUCGAUAAGACGAAUAAGGUGGCUGGUAGUAUCAAGAGUAUUAAGAGUAAUUCAGUGCAGCAAGUUGAUGCGAUUAAGGUGGAACCUUUGGACGAUGAACCUGAGAACCGUGCCACCACGAUCGCGGACCCAACGAAGGAAAGCAAUGAUGUAGCAAUAAAAGCGAAUCAGUAACUUUUCUCCGCCUCUGACGAACCGUCUCAGGACUAUCCUUUCAUCGCUGGCGGUGCCAACCACCGUUUCUUUACGUACGUACGAGUAUUAGUACUAGAACAAGGAUAUAUGAUGCCUUUAUUUUAUAAACGAUAUAUUUAUUUCCCAUAUAGAGAAAACAUCACACCGGAUCGGAUGAUUAGAUAUUGGAAAUUGAAAUUUUUGUGGAAAACAUUUGUUUUAUUAUGUGUACCUAGCUGUUGAAUUUGUGAAGGAAACUGUUUGUUUUUUUAAGAAGUGUGGGCAAAUGUUCUCGUUAUGGUGUGACACAACAAUAUCACCGCAUAGCCACAACUGGGACACUAGUUUUGCCAGUCGAGUCUAAUAGAUUUCUAAUGCGAAUCGUUAAAUUCAAGUUUAAUAUUUUUAAAGGAAAAAUCCUGUACUGCAAUUCGGAACGCACUAAAUAGUUAGGUACGAGAAUACAAUUGUUGAUGGGAGAAAACAUUUUUCUGGAAGGUGCUGUUAUUAUUCGAUUAAAGCUACGGAGCGUUACCAGAAAUUUGUACUGUUUUAUUGAAUAAUAAAAAUCUAUUAUUUCUAUUUUGAAACGUAAACAAAUUUUAAUGAUAAAACUGCAGAUUCUAACCACCUCUGUGUGCACUCAGGAAACAUUUACAGCACAUAUACAGUAGUAACUCGUUUAAAUCCAGUGAAAGCAAAUUAGUGGCUUAAUUCUUUGUUAGGCAUUUCUUUAAUUGUAAGUGCCACGUGGCUGUAUCAAACAUGUCCGGCAGAUGU